UCGCUACAAUCCUACUGACUCAUGGUGCAGUUGAUUUAAACAAUCAAUUAUUUGUGUAUACAAUGAAAAAAUCCUUCCAUAAAUUAGCUGGUCUUUUGUUUAUACAUGAACUAUUAUUAAAAUCAUUCGAAGUUCAUGGGACAUUGAUCACAAUGACAAAACAUUUAAAUUUAUCCAAUAUGUCAUUGUUUUCAAUCGUCAAUUAUGACUAAAACAUUUUGGUUUGUAAAUUCUAUGCUGAUUAUACCACAAUGGAUGAAAUUAUUAGAAGAGUUAUCCAAGUUCAAUGGGAUCAAUGCAUGCGAGUUGGCGUCAUCAUCAUCACAGUCACCAUCUGCAAUGUCAUCUGUACAACAGAAGGAAUCUAACAUGAACAAAAAUACCGAUACUACUACUACUAAUACUACUGAUAAUAAUAAUAGUAAUAAUGGUCGUAAUCAUCAAUUAUAUCAAUAUAUUAGUCAACUAUUAACACUAUCCAUACCAUCACCAUUAUUCAGUAGGAAUUUUUCUAUUCACCAAACAAAUCAAUCGAUUACACGUAUCACUUUAUCGAAUUGUGGUUUACAAACUCUUCCAUGGUGUUUAUUUAAUUGUGUGAAAAAUUUAAAGGUAAACUUUUAA